UGGCAAAUGACAUACAACAUGUUGUGUGCACUAAAACCCGCGGCUUGUCUGCACGAGUGGUGAAUCUGUGCACUACACUUCGCUAUAUAAGGCCGUGUAAGCAAACAACAACGAAUUUACCGAGUGAAUGGUAAGAGCAGAAUGUUUUCGUGGUGCUGGAUAUUUGAAAUUGUUUUUCUUGUGCUACGAGUAAGGUACGCGCUAGCGUUUGAUGUACAUCGUGUAUCUUGUGAAGAAUUUGAACAAGGAGCCCGUUUUGAUCCCUACGUAGCUAUCGAUUCUAUGUGGAAGGUUUUCUACUUCUGGUCAAACAAUUCAGAAGUAUAUCCCAUAAUUUUCUCUCUCCCCGCAAAACAGAGGAUUGAAAGAUUCAAGGUAGUAAUAGAAGCACUGGAUCCAGAAUUGGCAGCCACUAUUGAGUGGCACCGAGCUACUCUUAUCAUGGAGCCUCGGCCCGGGGUCAUGGCCAUUUUUAUGUAUCAAGGAAGUCCUGGUGCUUUCAGAGUACUUAUCAAAACCGAACAAAGGAAAACAGUAAGACCUCAUCCGGUGCCGUUGCUAAGUUUUGCUGACGUGAGGAUUAAGAUGGUAGACAGGUUGAUUGGCAUGAUGGUCUGUGAAGACUUAUCGGCGUACGCGCUGGCGAGAGUGGACGAGAUGCCGCAGACCGAAGAAGAGUGUGAGGAGGCUGCUGCACUCCUCGGCCUCCCUUUAGAGUACGGACGCUCGCACCUCUUCCUGGCUAAUUAUACCAAGCAUAAUAUGGACAAAGAACUUUAGGAAUAAUCUCAAGCCAUAGAUUGAAGAAUGCGCUGUGAUAUUAUUAUUAAUAAACAAUAAAAACUUCUUUUAUUAAUAUUGAAAUCGACACGAUAAGGAGAAGAAUAUUAAAAUGUCGAAGACAGAUUCAUUCGUACGUAAGCCUAGUAAUAUUUUAUGGACCGAGUAUGUGGUAGUAAAUCGACGCGUUAUGUGGUCACGUAUAGGCACAGGUUCCAUUUCCUCCCCGAAGACCUCCCGUGGUAGCCGCCUGAUGUUUAUUAUACUUUAGUGAAUAAUGCGCGAGGCGGGACUUUGCACCUCCCUGAAUACAAAUAAAUCAGCGAAUCACCUCGCGAUGACUUCUUUAUAUAAAUGCCCCAUUUAUAUUCUGAAGCCUUGAAUGUAGAGAUAAAUCUCUUUCAUUCCUAAAUAUUCACCUUUUAAGAGCCAGCUGCGUAUUCUCCCUCAAACCUACCUGGUAACUUACAAACGUGCGGACGCAUUGUUUGUUUACAUGAAUAUACGUAUAUGUUUAGGUACUUUCAGAUUGUCCUGAUUCAAACCACUGAUUCGUAGCUUGAACAAACAAAACUUCCACCAACCAAAAAAAUAUAGUUCAGUAACUGGAGUUACGGUAACAAAAGGAUCAGCCAUUUGUUUAUCCAAUACGGUUUCCCAAAACUUUGUAAUAAAGUGGUUGUUAUAAUUUCGAAAUCCGUUAAUAGAAAAUAAACUUUUCACGUUCGUUGCAACAACUUUUUCUUAGAAAC